AUGGGCGCUAAAUUUAGUGUUCCUCAAUUUGGGUUGGGGAAUUUUGACGCUUUCUCACAUUGUUCUUUUCAAGUUCAUAAUUUCCUGCGAUCGCGCAAGAAUCUAACUGAAGUUAAAAGCUCAACUAGCAAUGUGGCCAAGUCAUGCGAUCAUCAGGGGCCUGGCGAUAGGGUGAACAUCCUAGCCGGUCUCAAAGAGGCAACUCAUCCAAUACCGGGCGGCAAUGAGAUGAGUUCUUCGGAGACUAAUUAUAGCAAAACGGGCAUCUCAUCAACGAACAGAGUUGUAGUGAGCCUUCUGAAGAGCCUCAAAACACUUGAGAUUCAAGACAAAGUGGCUCAGCACGAAGAGAUAGCUUUGGAACGCCAGGAAGCCCAAAACUAUGGACUGAAAUGCAAUGCAGCUGGAGACUCUCGUGCCAAUCAAGUGUCUUUCAGGAGCACUUUAAGUUUGGGAGAACAAUCGUUGCUAGGUUUUUCCACGACCCAAUGUGGUGACGUUAUCUAUACAGCGUUUAUUAGAAUGAAGAAUGCCAGAGUUGAUGAAUAUGAAAUUCUCAAGAAGACAUCAGCACGCAAAAUCGCAGGACUUGAGAGGCAGCUAAAGUGUAAAAUCAAGAUGUAUGAGGAGGCGUUUAAGAUGCGAGCACAGAUUGUGUUCAAGUUUGAAAUUCAAGGAUCGAAUUACAGAGAUGUGCUAAAGUGCAGAACUUCUCUACCGAAUAGUAUAACAGAGAGGCUCGUGAGUGCCGAUAGCUUCCUGGAAGAGGAUGUGGCUAGGGGUUUGGCUUACAUAGAAUCGCGUUCAUUUCUGCAUUGCGAUGUAGCAUCUCGCAACGUCCUUCUUUUUAACCCCUCCACCCUCCACGCCGCCCCCUAUCCUGUUGCCAAGUUGGGCGAUUUUGGUUUGGCUUUUCGUCUCCGACCGGCGGCCACCAAUGGUCAACAUCGUCAAGACUACGAAGCCUUCGAUGAUGAUGACAAUGUUAGCUGUGACGACAAUGCAGUAGUCUUCGACGGAUCGCAGAGGAUGGCCAAUAAUAUCACUCGCAUUCCAAUCAAGUGGACAGCUCCAGAAAGCAUUAGGACAAGGAGGCACACUUGCACCCCUGGUCUGUUCAUCAUAUAUUCUGGAGUUUUUGAAUUAUUAUUAGUGAGUUAUUGGGAAGCAAAUGAUUGGACUAAGCCUUGGAAGACCGAUUUUGUGCAAGGCAUUGCCUGUAUUUCGAGCACUGUUCGCGAACAUACAUGCGCUCUAAGUGAUUUAAGCGGUCUUAUUUAG